AUGAACGGUCAUAAUGAACCUACAGGCGAUUUAAGAUAUAUAUAUUAUGAUGAAUUUCAGGAUAUUAAACCUUUGAAUGAAGGUGGUUUUGGUAAAAUAUUUCAAGCCACUUGGGUAAAUGGUUUAGGAGAGAAAAACAUAGUAGCCCUCAAACAUUUAAAAUCUUCAAAAGAUCUUUCUAUAGAUAUCGUGAAUGAAGUAAUCCCAUUUGAAAUUACAAGUUCUGACGAUCAUAUUUUACAUUAUUAUGGCCUUACAAACAAUAUAUAUUCACACGAAAUUUUAAUAGUAAUGGAAUAUGCUGAAGGUGGAGAUUUAUUUAAUUUCUUAGCAAAAAAAUUAUAA